AUGGCAUUGAGGCGAUUUAUCGCCAGAAGAGGAAAACCAGCCGUUAUAUACAGCGAUAACGGGAUGAAUUUCAAAGCUGCACAUAAAGAAUUAUUGAAAGCAUGCGAAGAAUGCUAUGAGGGCAUGAAAAAUGAGUCAUUUAAAAAAUAUAUUAAAUGGAAAUUUAUACCUCCGGGAGCGCCGCACAUGGGUGGCGCCUGGGAGAGGUUAGUAAGAUCGAUUAAAAUUGCGUUGACCGCUACGCUCAAAGAAAGGAGCCCGCGAGAGGAGGUUCUGCAUACGUUGCUUUUAGAAGCAGAGCAUACUGUAAAUUCCAGACCUCUGGUAACAUUCAGUAUGGAUAGUCCUGAAGAGGGUUUGACACCCAAUCAUUUUCUUCUGGGACGCUCAUGUGGUGAUCGACCACCUGGAUUAUAUUUAGAGCAACAUCUGACGGGUCAACUCAAUUGGAAAUCUGCACAGAGGUUAGCGGACAAGAUGGCUAAAAGAAUACAUGCCUACUUUAAUACCUCGAACAGGUAA